AUGGAAGCAGUAAGCUAUUUGAAAAAUAUUUUGGAAUUGGAUGUAUCCGAAAAUAGUUUGUUUGGUGAGAUUCCUAUAACCAUUGGAGAUUGUUUGAGUUUGCAGAUCCUUUACUUGCAGGGUAAUUCAUUUGAAGGAAACUUACCUUCAUCACUGGCUACCUUGAAAGACCUUCGCUAUGCAGAUCUUUCACGAAACAACCUGUCAGGAUUAAUUCCUAAGGAUUUACAGAAAGUUUCUGUUCUAUUAUAUUUGAAUAUUUCUUUUAAUAAUUUGAUGGGCGAGGUACCAACCGAAGGAUUCUUUCGAAAUGCAAGCGCAAUGUCGGUGAUAGGAAAUAAAAAGCUUUGUGGAGGUGUCCUAGAGCUGCACUUGCAAGCAUGCGAUGUCAAAGUUAUGAAGCAAGGAAAAUCUCAUACAUUCAAAUUAACUGCCAUAAUUGUUGGUGGGGUUCUAUGUUUCAUUCUAUUUUCAUCAUUUCUUGUCCUUUAUAGGAGGAUAAAAUUAAAAAAAGAAUCAUCUUCUACACUCCCCAAAACUAACCAACUUACAAAUGUUUCAUACAAAAAGCUCUAUCAAACGACUGACGGAUUUUCUCUUGGCAAUUUAAUUGGAUCUAGUAGUUUUGGCUCUGUAUAUAAAGGAAUUAUUAAUCAAGAAAAAUGGAUGGUUGUUGUGAAAGUAUUGAACCUUCAACAAAAAGGAGCUACCAAGAAUUUCACAGCUGAAUGCAAUGCGUUCAGAAAUAUACGUCAUCGGAAUCUUGUUAAGAUUUUAACUUGUUGCUCCAGCGUGGACUACAAUGGCAAUGAUUUUAAAGCACUAGUUUACGAAUUCAUGGAAAAUGGAGACUUAGACAAGUGGUUGCACCAAGAUAUCGACAAUGAAAAUCAACCAAGACAUUUGAGCCUCCUUCAAAGACUAAAUAUUGCGAUUGAUGUAGCUUAUGCUCUACAAUAUCUUCAUGAUUACUGUGAACCACUAAUUAUUCAUUGUGAUUUAAAGCCAAGCAAUGUUCUUCUUGAUAAUGACAUGAUUGCUAAAGUAAGUGAUUUUGGUUUGGCAAGGAUCCUCUCUACAACAAAUGAUGUUUCUCAAAAUCAAACUAGCACAAUUGGAAUAAAGGGUACCAUUGGCUAUGCUGCUCCAGGUACAUAA